AUGGCUAAUCGCCAAUCAGUCCGAGGUUUACCCAAGUACGAGAUUCUGGCUGAAGAAGAAGUUAAUCAAGUAAACCCAUUUUCAUCUACUUCAACCUUUCUGCAUUCAUUCGAUGUCAGUAAUAUUGCAUGUGGGUAUCCAUGGUUCGAUUGGCAAAAUGAAAUGCCGAUAGUUCAAGACAACACCUGCUUUGAUUCUCUUCCUUUGACGGGGAAUUUGCCUACCGAUUCAUUGCAUACCGCACUUGAUAUUGAGCAAAACCUAUUCGUACCAGAAGGGAACUUUGUUUAUAAUGGAAAUGGGUGUGGAUUCUGGAACGAAGUGGAGGCGGAGAAGCAGCCAUUGUUGAUCUGCUACAAUGGAGAAAAUGAUAAUAAAGAUGAUGAGUUGGGGAAAGAGAAGAAGGUUAACGUGAAAAGAUGCAAUAAUGCUACUACUUCUACUUGUAAUUCUACUUCAAAAAUGCUAUCGAGGAAGACGAUAUCUCAGUACUUUUACAUGCCCAUAACACAGGCUGCUAAACAACUCAACGUAGGUUUGACUCUACUGAAGAAGAGGUGUAGAGAGUUAGGCAUCCGCCGAUGGCCUCAUCGCAAACUCAUGAGCCUCCAAACCCUAAUCAAGAACGUUCAGGAGCUGGGGAAGAAAGGGGAGGAGAAUGAAGGGAAGCUGAGGGAAGCAAUAGAGAUAUUGGAGAGGGAGAGGAAGAUGAUGGAGGAGGUGCCUGAUCUGCAACUGGAAGACAAGACAAAGAGGCUAAGACAAGCUUGUUUCAAGGUUAAUUACAAGAAGAGAAAGAUGAUGACCAUGUCUGAUUCAUCAUCAUCAUCUUAUACUAACAAAAAAACUUCAUCUCAUGAUCAUGCUGCUGCCAUGGCUGCUUCUUCUGCAACUACUAGCAAUCAUUAUGUUCAAGAAGAAGACGAUCAACUCAUCAAUUCUCUCUUAUCUCAAUACUCUUUCUCCUCUACAAACAUCAUGUUAUGA